CAAAGUUGCUCUACGUACAUUCUUUAGAAUUUAGCUUAAAUAAUUUUUUUAUAUGUAAACGGUAUCGCUAUUAGAUGUCUAUGAUCAUAUUUAUCUACAAGAAUUAUAUUAUUUGGAAUGUAUUCGUAAUACACCAAAGAUGACAAAGCCAUGAGAGAUGGUUCCUGCUGAUCCGUGUUUUAUCAGUGUGACAUGCCCAAAGAACUGGUACGGUUUAGACAUUAGUACCAACCCGAUGGAGACGGCAGCCUUCAGACGUAUAUGUUAUUAUUGUUAUAUACUACGUUGUUCUAAGCAUACUAUAUAUAUUCCACGUAUAACAGUGUUCCUAUGAACUGUGGAAUUUCUUUAUGAGAAUUUGAAGAGUAUGACAUAUUGGAGAAAUUUGUGGCAAUUUUGUGGAAUGUCUAAUAAACAAACGUCAAAUAAAACUAUGGCAGACGAAAUCUCUGUGAUUUUCAUCAAUUCUGACUGAGAAGACCCUAGUUUUCCAGAUACAUGUAUUUAAUAUUGGCGCACGGCAGAAACAAAUCAACACAGGGAAAUAACUGGAGCAGGAGGAAGUAAAAAUAAAAGUCGGGACAAUAAUAUAUGAUCUUUUGCAGCUAUACAAAAAUGGCAUUUUAAAAGUAAGAAAGGUACUUUUCAUGCUUUUAGUGGGGAGUCAACUUUCUGUCCCUCCCGAAGGGGUGCAGACACAAUGUUAAACGAUGACACAUUUAGUAUGUGUAACAUUAGGCAAAGAUUAAAGUAAUCCAUCCUAAUUAAACGCAUAAUCCUAACACUGAUUUUCAGGUUUUAAAUGUUUGCUUAUGAGCCUUAGAAUAAGCGAAGACCCCGCCCAUUGCUGCCAAGCUAAGAUGAUUAACGAGCUGGUAGCCACACCUCCCAAACCCAAUACUGAACAACUACAGUGUGGAAAGGCGCUGUAAGACGGUACCGUGUCAUUGUCAGGAACCGUCAGUGGACUCUGGUUACAAAACAACGCUGCCUUUAGUGAUAUAUUUACUUUUAUUUCUUUUCUCAGAGUUUGUAUUGUAAGUAAUACCGAGCACUUGUGAUGGUCCGCUGAUAGUGGUGGAACUGUUGACGUGUUCUGGAGAACACUUUUUCUUUGCAUUAACACUAAGGUGCAUGACACUACGGGACACCAGUGAACUGCGGUCUGAUGUAGGGACUACGAAAUAUAACCAAACCAGUCUGCGAGUGUGAGUUCUUCUGAAGAAUUCGUUGUAUGAUGGAAGAUUGUAAGAAGACCAUCAUCGCGGGAGGCAAGAAGAACGAGAAGAGCAUGGAAGAGGAUACGGCCGUGGCGGAUAGCGACAGCAACGGACAUUCUUCGCCGGACGACUCGGGCAGGAAGAAUGGGUCGUGUCGGAAACGAAAACAGGCCUCGAGAGAAGCAGAUCCCCAGGACCCCAAUGCCCCGGUCCCUCGGAACACAGCCAACGCCCGGGAGAGGGACAGGACGCAUAGUGUGAAUUCGGCUUUCUCGACGUUGAGGACUCUGAUCCCGACGGAGCCCGCGGACAGGAAGCUGUCAAAGAUCGAAACUCUGCGAUUAGCGGCCAGUUACAUUGCCCACCUGAACACCCUGUUGAUGGUGGGCUCGGACUGCAUGGACCAGCCGUGUAUAAAACAUCAGACGAUGUUGAGGGGCAAUAUGGACAAUUUACCAAAACCUGUGUGCACGUUUUGUCUCAGUGCUUCAAGAACGAGAACGAUACGUCCUGAAAGUUGCAUGUUCAAGGAUAUGCGCCAUGCAAUGCCAGUCAGACGAUGACCUUGACUUCACUAGUCCAGAAUCGGCUUCAUAGAAUCACGCAAUCACCUUGAGUUAAUAAUACUCAUAAUCGUUCAUGAAAUCCAAGAGACAAUAACUAGUCAAAGUCAAAACAAAAGAAAAACCCCACUGUUAUUGCAAAACAGGGUGUGGAGAGCUUUAAAUAAGGUUUUCAUAACAGCAUGGAUGCAGAGAGUGAGCGACGUGAUCGAGACUAUGCGAGCGGCGCCAUGUGAUUGGUUAUUCAGACCAGGUGAUCAGGAUGUGACGUAAAUAUGUGCCCAUAUUUAUGAGACGAUGGGGAUGUUUAAUGUUUUCAAACAUGGACUCUUUGCACAUAAAUGCUUUUUGUUUUAUUUGUUGAUUGUUGUGUUAAUACCUCAGGUAUUUAUGCCAAAACUUACUUACGAAUAAAUGGAACACGUUA